GAGAAAGGCUCUGCAGCGGCUCGUGCUGGUCUCCCGCCUGGGGGCCACUCACCCCGUCCUGGGAGCCACGAGGAGGGAGGCGCCUGACGGCUCCAUCUCCAGAGAGAUUCCCAGGAGAAGCCCAGGAGAAGCCCAGGAGAAGCCGCGUCCUCCCUCAAGAUGACCUCACCCUCCAGCCCUCCGGCCUUCAGGCUGGAGACGUCAGACGGAGAGGGCCUCGAUGGUGCAGAGGCCGACCAGGGAAGACCCGGCCGUGGGGAGGGGCCGCCUCCCAUGGAGUCGCCAUUCCAGGGCGAGGACCGCAACUUCUCUCCUCAGAUCAGAGUGAACCUCAACUACAGAAAGGCUGCGGGUGCCAGCCAGCCGGACCCAAACCGCUUUGACCGUGACCGGCUCUUCAGUGUGGUCGCCCGGGGUGUCCCAGAGGAACUGUCCGGGCUGCCGGAGUACCUGAGCCGGACCAGCAAGUACCUCACCGACACUGAGUACACAGAGGGUUCCACAGGGAAGACAUGUCUGAUGAAGGCAGUGCUGAAUCUUCAGGAUGGUGUCAACGCCUGCAUCCAGCCAUUACUGCAGAUCGACCGGGAUUCUGGUAACCCCAAGCCACUUGUCAAUGCCCAGUGCAUGGAUGAGUACUACCGAGGCCACAGUGCCUUGCACAUCGCCAUCGAGAAGAGGAGCCUGCCGUGCGUGAAGCUCCUGGUGGAGAACGGGGCUGAUGUACAUGCCAAGGCCUGUGGUCACUUCUUCCAGAAACGUCAAGGGACCUGCUUCUAUUUUGGUGAGCUGCCCCUUUCUCUGGCCGCAUGCACCAAGCAGUGGGACGUGGUGACCUACCUCCUGGAGAACCCACACCAGCCUGCCAGCCUGCAGGCCCAGGAUUCCUUGGGCAAUACGGUACUGCAUGCCCUGGUGAUGAUCGCAGACGACUCGGCUGAGAACAGCGCCCUGGUAACCCGCAUGUACGACGGGCUGCUCCAGGCAGGGGCCCGGCUCUGCCCCAGCGUGCAGCUGGAGGACAUCCCCAACCUCGAGGGCCUCACCCCCCUGAAGCUGGCCGCCAAGGAAGGCAAAAUUGAGAUUUUCAGGCACAUCCUGCAGCGGGAAUUCCCAGCACCGUGCCAAUCCCUUUCCCGAAAGUUCACUGAGUGGUGCUAUGGACCUGUCCGAGUGUCGCUGUAUGACCUGGCCUCUGUGGACAGCUGGGAGGAGAACUCAGUGCUGGAGAUCAUUGCCUUUCAUUCAAGGAGCCCGCACCGACACCGCAUGGUGGUCUUGGAGCCCCUCAACAAACUGCUGCAAGCAAAAUGGGAUCUGCUCAUCCCCAGGUUCUUCUUCAACUUUCUGUGUUACCUGGUCUACAUGCUUAUCUUCACCGCAGUGGCCUACCACCAGCCCGCCCUGGAGAAGCAGGGUUUCCCGCCCUUGAAAGCCACGCCUGGGAACUCCAUGCUGUUGCUGGGCCACAUCCUGAUCCUGCUGGGGGGCAUCUACCUCCUCCUAGGACAGCUCUGGUACUUCUGGCGCCGCCGCCUGUUCAUCUGGAUCUCGUUCAUGGACAGCUACUUUGAAAUCCUUUUCCUGCUCCAAGCCCUGCUCACAGUGCUGUCACAGGUGCUGUGCUUCCUGGCCAUUGAGUGGUACCUGCCCCUGCUGGUGUCCUCACUGGUGCUGGGCUGGCUGAACCUGCUCUACUACACGCGUGGCUUCCAGCACACGGGCAUCUACAGCGUCAUGAUCCAGAAGGUCAUCCUACGGGACCUGCUACGCUUCCUUCUCGUCUACUUAGUCUUCCUCUUUGGCUUCGCUGUAGCGCUGGUGAGCCUGAGCCGGGAAGCCCGGAACCCUGGGAUCACCCCAGACCCCAAUGCCACAGAGGUGGCCCAGCCUGGGGUAGGACAGGAGAAUGAGGCCACGCCUUACCGAGGCAUCCUGGACGCGUCCUUGGAGCUCUUCAAGUUCACCAUAGGCAUGGGCGAGUUGGCCUUCCAGGAGCAGCUGCGCUUCCGGGGAGUGGUGCUGCUGCUGCUGCUGGCCUACGUGCUGCUCACCUACGUGCUGCUGCUCAACAUGCUCAUCGCCCUCAUGAGUGAGACCGUCAACAGCGUCGCCACGGACAGCUGGAGCAUCUGGAAGUUACAGAAAGCCAUCUCUGUCCUGGAGAUGGAGAAAGGCUACUGGUGGUGUAGGAGGAAGAGGCAGCGGGCAGGUGUGCUGCUCACAGUGGGCACCAAGCCGGAUGGUAGCCCGGAUGAGCGCUGGUGCUUCAGGGUGGAUGAAGUGAACUGGGCGACGUGGGAGCAGACGCUGCCGAGGACCCUGUGUGAGGAGCCGUCGGGGGCAGCCGUGCCCGGCGUCUCCAAGAACCCCUUUCGGGCCUCCCAACAAGAGGACGGCGCCCCGGAGGAAGACCAUCUGCCCCUCCAGCUGCUGCAGUCCCGCUGACGGCCAAGGUCAGCAGGAAGCCGGCAGGACCCAGAACCUUCUGGAACA